AGUUCUGAGUGUAAAAUCAAGUGAAACCACAACGAGAAUAGUACAAAAAAAAAAAAGUGAGAGAAAAAGUGAGAAAAAUAAAACAAAAACAAAAUAAAAUUUUGAGCAAAAAAAAAUGAAAAAAAAAAAUUGUAAACAAGAUUAUGUACGAACAUCGCAGAACUUUUUCGUAUCCCCAGUUUGAGACUUAGACUACCCACUGGACGGACAACGACUCGACACUAUACUCCACUAUAACUCUAUACCAGAUACUCGCGUACUUGCACUUGGUCAUUUUUGCUGUGUGAAACUUUUUGAGGAGCAAAAAGAUGACACAGUUCGCUGGCAGACGUUCGUGUGAUAAUUCCUCACAACCGGACUCCAAGUGGUUGUGAGAAAUAGCAGCUAUAUUAAUAUAGCUGGUAGCACUUCCUCGGUUCGGUUGGAUCCCCGAUACGAAUUCGCAAAAUACCCGUCGUCCGUCAACGUCUAAAAGACGCUUUCAAUUGUGUUGCUGCAAAGUUAUUGUCAGGUGCGCGGAAAUGUUUAACUAGUUUCAAUUGUUUUUAUAUAUGGCCAAUCCGCUGCAGUCGUAGUGCCAUAAAGAGUAUAGUGAAGACCAUAAGACCAAGAAGAAGACAAGAAGUCAUUGGCUUUGGUAUCGGGUGCAGUUGCUUUUUGCAGUAACUUGAAGAAGAGUGACAGUGUUGUUUUGUAGUUUUUUUCUUUCAAUUUUAUUUUUUUUUUCGAAUUUUUCUAUCUUGAAAGUGCUAAAGAGUGACGCAAUGACUUCGGCAGAUAAUCACCGACAUGUAUCUUCUUAUGACAUCGGUGCGAAACCCUUCCGGCACGACCCCGAACGGGGUAAGUGGUCAUCGCGAUUGGACUUUUACUUUGCCUGCUUGUGUCAGAGUUUUGGAUGGGAGGCUCUCUGUGAAAUUCCAGUUUAUAUAUUUUUUACUGGAGGAGGAUUCUCAAUAAUCUCAUUCCUGCUCUCAGUUUUAUUCGUUGGCAUUCCCAUAUUUUUCAUUCAAUCAUAUUUAGGACAAUUUUCCAGUACCGGAUUGAUAUCAGCAUUUCGAGUUGUGCCAUUAUUUAAAGGUAUUGGCUACCUCAUUGUGAUCUUCAAUGUCAUCUCAUUAACCUAUUACAGCGUAUUUGCUGCAGUACCAUUAUAUUAUUUUAUCGAAUCUAUUCAGCCAAUUCUACCAUGGAUGAGCUGUAAUCAAUCUUGGAAUUCACCAAAUUGUUCAACUCGAAAUAAUUUUGAUUUUGAGGAUGAAGCAGUUAAUCCCCAUGCAACAGUGGAGUUUUUUCGGUCGAAAAUUCGAGGUAUUGACGGAGACCGAGGCCCGCUCUCGAUAUCAUCUGGGUUACUCAUAAACACCCUCGCCAUAUGGCUGAUGGUUAGCCUGGUGUUUUUCCAAAAAAUCAAACUUAUUGGAAAGCUUUUUCGAAUAACAGCUGUGAUACUUUUUGCCGCCUUCCUGGUCGUCUUCCUAAGGCUCUUCUGCCUGUCAGGCUUUCAGGAGGCUUUAAAGGGUUUUUCUUUUGAAAUACCCGAACUGCAUCUAAUACAUCCACAUGUGGGAGCAAAUCUUGUGAUGUUAUUUUUCCGGCCUGGAUGGGGCAAUAUUGUCAACUUGGCCAGUCACAAUACUUUUAAGACUGACAUCAUGAAAAUGUCAUUUAUGGUGUGUUUGAGUGGCUUUGGUAUGAUCAUGCUGGCAGCUACUAGUGGACGAAUUGUUUGGGAUCAUUUUGAAGAUCAUGUUGGGGGGCUGUAUUUGCAAGUGGACGAAGAGCAUUCUUUGCAAUUUAUUUAUCUGUGUUAUGCGUUCCUUUUGGGGGAACUGCCUUAUGCCAAUUUGUGGUGUGCAUUAUUUUUUGGAGCAUUGUGUCUUGUUGAAGUUAUUAAGCUUAUUGUUCAACUAUUUUCAGUACUGACGUCAUUAUUUGAUGAAUAUGAAAAACUGAGGGCAACGAAAAAGGAAGUGACCGUUGUACUAACUGCCUUCUUAUGUGUGCUUUCGAUUUGUUUCUGCUCAAAUUAUGGAAUCAUAUUUGCUGAACUUUUGACGAAAAUUUCCACUGUUUCCCAAAUGGUUUUGAAUUUGUUCCUAAUUUUAGUUGUUUUCUGGAUAUAUGGCAAAGACCGAUUUCAACGUGACGUCACUUUUAUGACAGAUCGAAUAUAUCCAACAUGGAUGAUAAAUAUUGUUCGUUUGGUAGCUCCAAUUAUACUCUUUAUAGCAUGGGCUUCUGGAGCUGUGAUAUCAUUAAGUUUGGGAUUACACUCUUUUUCAAUUGUGACAUCUAUACUUGUAAUUGUUUUACUUCCAUGGCUAUUAGUACCAGGAUAUUGUAUAUUUAAAAUACUUCAAACAACUGGAAUGUUGAAUGUACGUUUAAGACGAGCUUUAAGACCAACAGAUUGGUAUCCUGUUGAUUCGAUGUAUCGAGAUCAGUAUGAGGAGGCAUUUAGUCAGUCGGAAAUUUCACAUCAAUUAACAACGACAAUAGCUGAAUGUGCCUUCAGUGCACUACCAUUAUUAUAUUUUGUCCAUUCAAUGAGACCAACAAUUCCAUGGAGCUGUGAAGGUGCCAAACAAUGGAUGAAUAUAAAUCAAACGAUUUGCAACAAGGAACAUCCUCCGUUCCAUAAAAUUCCUUCAUUUGAAUUUUUAAGGCAGCACUUAAACAUUUCGAACACUAAUUCUGAUACAGCUUUUUCAUUACAAUUAAUGAUUUACACUGCCAUAAUUUGGGUCAUUGCAACUUCAAUUCUUCUAAAAUCUACUAAAUUCUUAUUUGAACCUAUUUCCUUUCGUAGAGGCAUAGAAAUUUCGAUAAGUGAUCUUACAAUAUUGGUUUUUUCAACAUUAGGUCCUGGAUGGGGUUCAAUUUUAACCAUGGCAAGUUUUAAUGAUUUCAAGACUAAUAUUUAUAGAUUCAGCUGGUUAGUGUGCCUGGGUCAAAUUGGAGUUUUUAUUGGAAUGGGUUUCAUAUGGAGGAUCCUUACGCAAGUUAUUCGAAGUUAUGGGAUAACUACAUAUAUUAGCCCUUUAGAGAAAUGGUCAAAGAUUUUUACCAUUCCGACAAUUUUGUCAUUUAUGGAAUUACCAAACUUUUGGUCUUUGUUAUUCUUUGGGAUGUUUGUUUUGGGUAUAUUGAAUCUUUUGGUAAUUCAACUUCAUUCAUUAUUCACAUCGAUUUUUGAUGAAUACGAAAACCUCAGAGAAAUGAAAAAAUAUUUUAUUCUUGGAGCUGUUAUAGUUUUAGGAUUUAUUUCUAUGUUUUUCUGUUCAAACCACGGAUUGUAUUUAAUUGAAAUUCUAUCAAAAUUUUCAAUUCUAAUACAAGCAAUCUUAAAUAUGUUCCUGUUGCUGGUUGUCCUGUGGAUCUAUGGACGAGGACGAUUCCAACGUGAUUUGAAUUUUAUGACGUCACAAGUAUAUUCAACUUGGAUGGUUUAUGUUGUUCGAUUUGUUGCACCAAUUGUUUUAGGUCUUCUAUUCUGUACUACAUUCAGAUGGAUUAUGGAACGAUUAUUAUAUUUUGAUUACACAUUAGUAUGGCUACCAUUUCUAAUAAUUUCUUGUAUAUUUUAUUUGAAAUUAUGCUGUCUGAUUCCGUGUUAUUGUAUUUUUAAAAUAAGACAGCUUCCUGGAUCAAUUUGUGUACGUUUAAUAAGAUGUGUGAGGCCAAUUGAUUGGUAUCCAGCGGAUCCAAUUCACAAACAGAAUUAUGAAGAGGGUUUUAGUAGAACAGAUAGUUUGCGUAUCUUUCCGAUGUUAGUUUUUGUUGGAGCUCAAAUCGUUUUAACUUAUUUCAUUUUUAAUUAUUUUUCUUAAAUUUAUAUUUAAAUUGAAAUUACUAUAUUU